AUUGCCAAUAUUGGAUUGACAAAAAUAGCAAACUGCGACUAAUACGCAAAAUACUAUUGUUUAUAAAAUAAAAUUGAGUCGCAUAAUAAUCGUCGAAGCCGGUGAAACAAUAAAAUGAUGACAUCAAAAUUAAUUUGUACAGCCUUUGGCGAUUUUACAAUGUUUAACAGUAGCGUCAACCGGCAGAUGCGCAGUUUUUUUGCUUAUUUGCGAGUGGCUUUCAACAAAGUGGAUACUCAACGUCUUGAGGAAGUCGGACCGAAUCAACUAUGUGCAGAAUGGAUCUUAAAGAACGGUGGUUCGGUUCAGUUUCACAAUCAGUAUCUGCCGAUUAAAGAGUAUAAUUCAUUGAGUAAUACAAAAUCGGAGAAGAUCAAAGUAGUGGAUGGAACCGAUUCAUCAAUUAUGGCCUUAGGUUUCGAACACUUCAAAGGAUGCAAGAACAUCGAACAAAUCAUAUUAAAUCGAUGCAAACACAUGGAGAAUGAAGCUCUGGAACAAUUGGGUUAUGUGAAGAAUUCAUUGAAUGAAUUGCAAAUUACAGACUGUCCAAAUGUUGUGGAAAGCGGUCUGAUGUCACUGAAACAAUUGAAUAAUCUGAAAAAAUUAACCAUUUAUAAUUUUAUUUACAUAAAAGAUUUCACUGGUGUUGUCAAUCAACUAAAAAAAGAUCUUCCAAAUUGUGAAAUACAUACCACAAAGCAAUUGUAAUAAUAUUGCUCUUAAAUUAUUUAUUCAUUUUUAUAUAGUCGGUUGAUAGACAUUCAGUUUGAUCAA